GCGCUCAUGAAAGCAUCACAGCAGCCUGCGGACAGAUGAUGUCAGUUUAUGGGCUGUAGGGGUUUCUGCAUCACCACCAUGUGUGCCUACAACGAGUAGGGCUACUGCUGGCCGUCAGCGGGCAGGCAGAGGAGAAGAGGAGGGGAGGAAAAGUGUGUUUACACAGACGGCAAACUGCCUGGGGAAUCAUCGGGGAGAGGAAGUCAGCCGGCUCUGUGUCUGCCUGCUCCAACUUCCUGCUCAGAAAAAGAAAAAGCCCUGGAUCCUAUUUCAGUCCAGCACAACUGUGUAGACCAGAAGUAAGCAUGGAAAAACAAGGAAUCACACCAGCUUCACCAUAAAGUUUCGCGGAGGGAAAACUCCAAAGUCAGAGAUCGCAGUGGGAAGUGUGGCAGGACUGGGAAAAUGCUCCCCUGCUGUGGGAUCCCCACUCCUCAACAUUUGUCCUUGGAAGUAGAAUAGGAGGAAGUCCUGACUUUGACAGGUAUGGACAGCGCCAUCACUCUGUGGCAGUUCCUGCUGCAGCUGCUGCUGGACCAAAGUCACAAGCACCUGAUAUGUUGGACGUCCACAGACGGAGAGUUCAAGCUCCUGAAGUCAGAGGAAGUGGCCAAGUUGUGGGGGCUACGCAAGAACAAGACCAACAUGAACUACGACAAGCUGAGCAGAGCCCUGCGCUAUUACUAUGACAAGAACAUCAUUAAGAAAGUGAUUGGCCAGAAGUUUGUCUACAAGUUUGUGUCCUUCCCUGAGAUCCUGAAGAUGGACCCUCAGGCGGUGGAGAUGGGCCUGGCUUCUGGAAGGUUUCCUCUCCAGGAAGGAGAAGCCUCAGAGCUGGAGGUAGAGGAGGAGGAAGAAGAGGAAGGGGAGGAGGAGGUCCAGAGGAUGUCCCUGGCAGCGCAGCAAUGUCGGAAUGACUACCUCCGCUCGGGUCUCUACUCCUCCUUCAGUAUCAGCUCCCUGCAGAACCAGCCUGAGCUGCUCCGUGCCCUGCGGGAGCGCCAGGAGGAGCCGCGCUCCGUUAUCCGCUUUGGCACCAACGACAAUGAAAGGAGCUCCCCUCCCUCUGCCAAGCCCGAGUCCUACGUCUCCCCCAAGCUACCCAAACUCCGCUCCCCGUCCUCUCCCCACACCCAACCCGGCCGAGUCUGGAGCCCCAUAGCCAAGGAGGAAGAGGAGGACUCUGACCUGAGUGCUCAGCCCCUUAACCUCUCCUCUGGGCACAGGGAGCGAGCCCUACAGCCUCCUGAGAAGAGGAGCAGUGGUAGAAGUAACUCCACUAGUAGUAGUAGUAACCAAGGAGAUGGACUCCCACCAAAAAGCAAAAAGCCCAAAGCUCUGGAGAUCUCAUCCCCCUCCCUGCUGUUUGCAGGGAGCGACAUCGGCUCCAUCGCUCUCAACAGUCCAGCACUGCCGUCUGGCUCCCUCACUCCUGCCUUCUUCACUGCACAGACUCCCUCUGGUUUGCUGCUGGCUCACAGUCCGCUGUUGUCAGGCAUCCACUUCUGGAGCAGUUUGAGCCCCGUUGCUCCGCUCAGCCCCGCCCGGCUGCAGGGCCACAGCUCCCUCUUCCAGUUCCCCAGCCUAAUCAACGGACACAUGCCUGUCCCCCUGCCAAACCUGGAAGGAACACCCUCCUCCCUGCUCCUGUCCCCCACCGCUCACAAAUCCUGAUCCAGGGUCUGAGAAAACCUCCGAUCUUCAUCCGUCUCUUAUUAUUGUCAUUAUCAUCAGCAGCAGCAGCAGCAGCAGCAGCAGCAGCAGCAAUCUGUUGUCCGUCUUGGUAAAUUUUGCUUUAGAAAAGUCCCACGAGACAGUAUGUGACCUCAGUUUUUUUGCACUUGAGUUGCUUCAGAUUCCAGUGGUUAAAAGCACUUGGUAAAAGCCAUACGCCACGAUGUCUGUGAGACGUCUGGCUUUUUGGGAUAAAGUACAGCACAUUUCGACAUGACCCUGUCCGUGAUGGACAGUAGUGACGUGUAGCUAGCUGCAAAAGGCUAGCCGCUCAUUCUGCGCAGAGAGCUUGAUUGUUAUAAUCUUGUAAAAAAAAAAAAAAAAAAAAAAAUACAUUUACCUUUUCUCCUUAGUGUUCACAAUGUGAAACUGUUUCACUUGUGUGGUAUUUUAUGCACUAUGCUUCUCAGAUAGUACCGGCUGUGCCUUGAUGUCCUAUUUUUCUUUUCCAAAAUCUUUAAAUGAAGACGAGAUUUCAAAUCAAUGAAAAACCUUUAACACUUGUAAUGUUCUUUUUUUUAUACUGGACUUGGUAUACAGUUUGUAUUCUGUAUAAUUUUGUAUUGUGAAGAAUGUCUUGUUAUUUUCAAUAAACAAAGCAUUGAAUGCUUGAA